AGAAAGUAACAUUCAAAAUUUACAAUUUCAAAGAAAUAUGAAUAAAGUAGCGCGCAAAGUGAAAUUUCAAGAAUGGGCAUCAAUAAAUGAGUACAGUCUGGCAUUGAUAUGUUGGACUUGUGGAUUAACAAAUCUGUGGACACUCCCCAAUGUAUUCUACAAAUAUGGAAACUCUGCUGCUGGACUUCCACUUCUGCUCACAAAUAUAAUAAUUACAAUACCUUUAGUAUUUGCAGAGCUAAGCAUUGGACAAUACACGAAUAGAUGUAAUAUGGGUAUAUGGCGAAUGGUACCACCUUGGAAGGGUGUUGCCUAUGCUACAAGUUUAAUUUUGGUAUGCAUAGCCACUUUGAACACAUACAUCACGUCUCAAGUACUAUUGUAUCUAAUUAAAUCAAUGAGCAAGGAAAUACCAUGGAGCUCGUGCGGGUCUUGGGCGACCCAGAAAUGUUUCAAUUUGACGACCAUGAAAAAUUUUGAUUCCUAUUCAAACUGCACGGAUUACGAGAAUAACGUGCAACAUUACUACAACGUGGUGAUACUGAAGCAAGGAUCAGAUGGCUUCGAACAGAUGAACAUAUAUCUGCUAAUAUGCUCGGCCGUCGUAAUUGUUGCAGUAUUUGUAUGCUGCUCGAAAAUAUUGACAUCGAUACAAAGAUUACUCAACUUCCUCACGUUCAUUCCAUUCCUGCUUUUGAAUGUGCUCCUGUUUACAUCCAUGUUCUACCCUGGCACUCUGAAAGGCUUAUGCAAGUUCCUAACGCCGAAACUGGAAAUGCUCUUAGAUUACAACUUAUGGUUCGAAAUGUUUGGCUUAAAUCUAUACUCCAUGGGCAUCGGAAUGGGCGGUUUGAUAACGAUCUCAUCGCACAGUAACUUUCGCAACAACGUAUUCAAAGUAUCGACGUUUGUGCCGCUGUUUGCUAACGCCAGAGACGUAUUCUUCGUGCUUUUCGUUUACUUAACAUUCUCCGGAUACUGCAUUUGGGAGAAUAUCGACGCGAACCUGUUGUUCGAGCACAAAUCGUCGCUGCUCUUCGUCAAAAUCCCAAUGGCGUUCCUGAGAUGGCCGUUCUAUCCGCACAUUUGGAAUUGCUUAUACUUCGCGAUGCUACUGCUAAUUGGUUUGCGGUUUAUAAUGCUCAUCGUUUUGGUGUUGCUAGAAAAUUUGAAUGAGGAAUGGAAGAUUUCUGCGAUUUACCCAAAGACAUCCGUUGCAUUCAUCUGUGUAACUAUAUUCUUUCUGAAUUUCAUUUACUACACGAAUUUGGGAAGUACCUUGUUUGUAUUCUUGGAGGAAAUCUGUAGAGAUCAGUUGGUUUUAAUGAUGGCGCUUAUACAAUUUUACGCAGUGUUUUGCAUCUACGGAACGUCGACCUUUUGCAAAGACAUACACUUCAUGCUAAACCAAAAGACAGAUUACGUAAGGUACAUUUGGUAUUUCGAUUUACUAUGUCUCGGCGCGAUAUUCGUGUAUAGAAGGAUCACCUCUUAUGUGGCAUAUAAUCCACCCAUAUGGAUGUCAAUAGUUCACAUCCUGUUGCUUAUUGCUAUUCUGCUCUUGAUGGUUGUUUACUUCUUGGUUUAUAUUGUGAAGAAUAGGGAACAAGGAUUCAAGAAACUAAUGCGGCCUUGCUCGGAUUGGGGUAACAAGAAUCCAGAUAUACGGAAAGAUCGAGACUUUUUUAACAACGAAACACCAGGCGAAGAGUUUAACUAUAGACAAGAACUAUAUACCAGAGAAAUUCAUAAUACAUAAUGUCAUUAAUUAUCAUCCUGUGCCACUGUAUAAUAAAUUAUAAAUA